CGCCCAGCGCCUCCGCGCACCGCGAUGACGUAGCCACCACCCAUUGGUCUUCCCAUGAGGGUCCCACUGAUUGGCUGCCCCGGAGGAGGCUGCCCAGACGCCCCGCCUCCGACGCUGCGGGACGCCCCCAUUGGCUGGCGGCCGGCGUCUCCCUCGCGGCGGGAGAUUUGCGGAGCCCGCGGCCGCGGGGCGAGCGCCAUGGAGCGACUGCGGGACGUGCGGGAGCGGCUGCAGGCUUGGGAGAGCGCGUUCCGGCGGCGGCGCGGGAGGCGGCCGGGCCAGGAGGACGUGGCGGCGGCGCCUGAGGAUACCCGGGCGCUCUACCGGGAGUACCGCGCCCUGAAGGAGGCCCUGAAGGAGGCAGAAGGGGUCGGACCCCGCGGCCCCAAGCAAUCGCUUCCCGUGCAGGCAGAGGAGGUGCCAGAACCCAGCUGCUGGGGGCCCCACUUGAAUCGGGCUGCGACCCACAGUCCACAUCCUCCUCUUUCUGGGCCAAGCCGGCCAGGGUCUGUGCGGGACUACGGAGAGAGGCUUAAGGCCAACCUCAAGGGCACCCUGCAGGCUGGGCCAGCCCUGAGCCGCAUACCCCGGACUCCACGAAGACCCUCGUCCGAGAUGCCCACCCCAAGGCCACCAGGUGCAGGGGCUGCCCUCAUCUCUCCAGAAGAAGUCAGUGAGGUGCCCUUGCAGCCUGCUGGGCCCCAGCUGAGGCUGGGCUGCCUCCAGCAGCUACAGGCAUCCUUGAGCCUGCGACUGGGCUCCCUAGACCCUGGCUGGCUGGAGCGGUGUCACAAUGGGACCCCAGAUUUUCUGGGGGCUUCGAAGGCCUGCCAGCCUAACUUGGGUGUAGAGCAGUCACAGUCUCUGACUUCAUGUGUCCCAUCUGUCCCUGGUCCCAGCACUAGCCCUGAGGCUCAAGCCCUACAGACAGCUGGAGUCAGUGCAGGGAGCCCCCAACCUGGCGACAGUCAAGGCAAGAGGUGGGCACCGAAUAGAGAGCCAGAGGGGAGCCCUGCACAGGCCCAACAAGACAGUGGCCAAGUAGGACCCCUGCCUGAGGAAGCUGGGACUGCAGAACAUGCAGAAGACCCUUCGGGAAAACCCCUGUGGGCACAGCGCCCCAGUGGCGCCACAGCCUCCAGGUACCACAGCUUCAGCCCCAGUAGGGUCACCUUAAGUGGAGCCAGGUUGGGGCAGGCUUGGGGCAUGGCCCACUUGUACAUCCCUUCUAGAGUAGCUGUGCCGAACGGAGGUAAUUACGUGCGGCUCAACAUGAAGCAGAAACGCUACGUGCGGGGCCCGGCUCUCCGGGGAAGGCUCCUCCGCAAGCAGAUGUGGAAGCAGAAGUGGCAGAAGAAAGGGGAGCAUUUUGUAGGUGGUCGGCCCAGAGCCACACUCAAGAAUUCUUGCUUCCGGUGUGGGCAGCUAGGCCACUGGUCAUCCCAGUGCCCCCAACCAGAGCAUACCCAAGCCCCCCAGAAGAAAGGUGGUGAGAAUGAAGACGACACACAGACCCUGCUCACUUUGGAGGAAGUAGUCCAGAGGACAGGUAGUGCCAGCUGCCGACUCCCUGUGAGUGAGAAAGAUCCAGAGCCUGUUGGGCCUGAGCUGUUGGUCACCGUGGAACAGCCUGUGCCCCGGGUGCCCUGCCUGCCCCCUACCGUGCCACCACUUUACCCACCAGGGCCCUCUGGGCAAGUGGCAGAGACGCCAGCUGAGGUAUUCCAGGCCCUGGAGCAGCUAGGGCACCGUGCCUUCCGCCCCGGACAGGAGCAUGCGGUCAUGCGGAUCCUCUCUGGCAUAUCCACACUGCUGGUGUUGCCCACCGGUGCUGGCAAGUCCUUGUGCUACCAGCUCCCUGCGCUGCUUUAUGCCCGGCGGAGCCCCUGCCUCACACUGGUCAUCUCUCCCCUCCUGUCUCUCAUGGACGACCAGGUGUCUGGCCUGCCCCCAUGCCUGAAGGCAGCCUGCAUCCAUUCAGGCAUGACCAGGAAGGAGCGGGACUCUGCCCUGAAGAAGGUUCAGGCGGCCCAGGUGCACGUUCUGAUGCUGUCACCCGAGGCACUGGUUGGGGCUGCGGCAGGGACCCCUGGCUCCCUCCCUCGGCUGCCUCCCGUUGCCUUUGCCUGUGUCGACGAGGCCCACUGCCUGUCCCAGUGGUCCCACAACUUCCGGCCCUGCUACCUGCGUGUCUGCAAGGUGCUGCGGGAACACAUGGGUGUCCGCUGCUUUCUGGGUCUUACAGCCACGGCUACGCACAGCACCUCAAGAGACAUGGCUCAGCAUCUAGGCGUGGCUGAGGAGCAUGUCCUCAGAGGGCCAGUCACCAUCCCCACCAACCUGUACCUCUCUGUGUCCGCGGACAGGAACCCAGACCAGGCUUUGGUGACACUGCUGCAGAGUGAUCGUUUUCGCGACCUGAACUCUGUCAUCGUCUACUGCAACAGACGCGAAGACACGGAGCGCAUUGCUGCGCUGCUCCGCACCUGCCUGCGCCAGGCCCCGGAAGCUGUGGCCGAAGCCUACCACGCCGGCAUGUGUGCCCGGGAGCGGCGGCGGGUGCAGCAGGCCUUCAUGGAGGGCCGGCUGCGGGUGGUGGUGGCCACAGUGGCCUUCGGGAUGGGGCUGGACCGGCCAGACGUGCGGGCCGUGCUGCACCUGGGGCUGCCCCCCAGCUUUGAGAGCUACGUGCAGGCUGUGGGCCGGGCUGGACGGGACGGCCAGCCCGCACACUGCCACCUCUUUCUACAGCCCCAGGGUCAAGACCUGCAGGAGUUGCGUAGACACGUGCAUGCCGAGGCCUCCGACUUCCUUGCCGUGAAGAAGUUGGUACAGUGCUCGUUCCCACCCUGCACCUGCACCCAUGCCCAACAGCCCCCAGAGCAGGAGGGAGCCAAGAGCCAAGACAGGCCUGUGACCGUGUCCCCGAGCGAGGCCGAGCAAGCCAGCAACAAAGGCCUAGCCCAGUGCCUGGGUCAUGAGCGGGCACUCCCAGUGCAGCCGCUGGUGCAGGCCCUGGACAUGCCUGAGGAGGCCAUUGAGACCCUGCUGUGCUACCUGGAGCUACACCCACAGCGCUGGCUGGAGCUGCUGGCACCCACCUAUGCCUACUGCCACCUGCGCUGCCCUGGGGGCCUCCCCCAGCUCCAGGCCCUGGCCCGCAGGUGUCCUCCACUGGCGGUCUGGUUAGCCCAGCAGCCACAGGAAAACACAGGUGAAGAAGGAAGCUAUUCCGUAGAGUUUGACGUGGUUAAGUUGGCCGACUCGAUGGGCUGGAAGCUCGCCCCUGCAAAGCAGGCUCUCCGUCAACUGCAGUGGCACCCAGAGCCCGGGACAGGUGCACAUCGGGACACAGGGGUGCUGGUGGAGUUCCGGGAGCUCGCCUUCUGUCUGCACAGCCCCGGAGACCUGACGGCCCACGAGAAGGACCAGAUCUGUGACUUCCUAUAUGAACGUGUACAAACCCGUGAGCAGGAGGCCCUGGCACGCCUGCGACGCACCUUCCAGGCCUUUCACAGUGUAGCCUUCCCCAGCUGCGGGCCCUGCUUGGAGCAGCCUGAUGAGGAGCACAGUGCCAGGCUCAAGGCUCUGCUCAGCAGCUACUUCGAGGAAGAGGGGCCAGGAGGCAUGGAGGACGAGCAGGGCCCAGAGCCAGGACAGGCCAGGAUCCAGGACUGGGAGGACCAGAUACGCCAGGACAUCCGCCAUCUCCUGUCCUCGUGGCCAGACCAGCAGUUCUCGGGCAGGGCUGUGGCCCGUAUCUUCCAUGGCAUCGGAAGCCCCUGCUAUCCAGCCCAGGUGUACGGGCGGGACCGGCGUUUCUGGAGAAAACACCUGCAUCUGAGCUUCCGUGCCCUGAUGCGUUUAGCUACAGAGGAGAUCCUGCUGUGGGGCCACUGACCACCCUGCCGCAGGCCAGCCCUGCUCCCCCAUGUCACACACAGGGGGCUGUGUGGCCACCGUGCGGAGGGAGCCAGGUGUGGCAGUUUAUCAGGGAAAAGAGAAGGGACAUUUGUGGCCAAGACAGUGACUGACUACCUGGGCAAAGCCCACCACCAGAAGCGGGGCGAAGGGGCCCCAAAACGCGGAAUAAAAAAAGCUCAAGUCA